AUGGCCCUAAUACUUGUUAUGGGCAUUCCGGCAGCCGGUAAAUCGACUUUUCGACGGGAAAUUCAAAAUUCCGCUCCGCAUUUGGUCGCCACCACCUCGUUUGACGAUUUUCGAUGCGAAAAGUGAGUUUUUACGGAAUUUCAGGCCAGAAUAGCCUGGCCUAGAAUUACACACUUUUAGCUCACUGGAAACCGCCCGCAGGACACGAAAAUCGUUUGAGAGCCACGUGGAACACGCGCUAUCGGCAACGGAUCGUCCGAUUUGGCUGAUCGAAGACAUUUUCUACCUGCAAAGUAUGCGGCGACCGUUCGAGCGAAUCGCCCGCCGCCGCGCUUUUCAAUUCGGAAUCGUCUAUCUAAAAGUGCCGUUUGAGGAGGCGAUUCGACGGAAUUCGCUAAGAAAAGUGGGAAAAAUGAGAGAGGAGACGAUUCGGAAGGUGUCCGAACGAAUGGAGCCGCCUGCGGUUGCGGUGGUGGUCCCCGAGAGUGGAAUCGGACUCGCCGAACUGCUCAGACGGCUCAAAAUCAGAAUGCCGCACAAGGUUCCGGAAGUUCGUAGGGCUAAGGAUCUCGAGACAGUGCAAGAGGUUAGAAUUUUCAAAAAUUCUGUGCUUUAUCGACUUUUAGUGCCCGCGGCCGAGUUAUUGUCGAAUUUCACCAAUCUUCUCAGAAAAGAGUGGAUUUAUUUUCAGUUGCCCUCGACGCCUUCCGUUCUCGAAUCGCUGGACGUGCUUACGCGUCGAAUCGUCAGCGACAUAAUGCAAAACUCGUCGCUCGACGGCCGAAAAUUGAGCACAGCGCGUCGGAUGUUGUUAAAAAACACCGGUCCCUCUUCCUCUUUUUUGCCCGAUUCGGUCGACGUUCUCAAACACGCACUGCUCGAUAUUUACAAUAAACUGUAG